AAGUUUACAAGAUUGGCGCAUUAUUUACAUCGGAUGAAUUGAGAAGUUCUUUUCAUGAGCGUCUGCAGUUUGCAAACAAAAAUAUGAAUUUCUCAAACACGUCAAUACAAUUUGAAGCUCUAACGAUCUCGAUGAACAAGAAGCCUAUACAGGCUUCUCUCGAUGUCUGCGAUAACAUUCUCAAUAAAAACGUCCAUGCUGUUUUUGUUAUCAAUGACGCCAACUUCACUAAUGGCCCUGCUAUGGCUGUCUCCUACACUUGCGGAUUCUUUCAAAUUCCAGUGAUUGGAAUUGGCAUUAGAAAUUCUGUCUUUUCUAACAAAACCGUACAACCCACAUUCAUAAGAACGGUCAGUCCAUACUACGAUCAAGUAAACGUUUGGAUAAAAAUCUUGAAGCAUUUUGGAUGGAAAAAAGUAUUGACAAUCUCAACAGGCAAAUAUGAGUCAAAACGUGCUCUAUUUCACUUUGUUGAUGCGAUAUCAGAUAGUAUCAUUAAAAUCGAGAAAUCCGUUGAACUUCUACAAGAAAAAACCAACGUCACAAAAGAGCUGGAAGAACUCUCAAAUACCCUUUCACGAGUGAUUCUUAUUUUUGUUGACCUUCAAGAUGCAAAAAUCAUUUACAACGAACUCUCGCAGCUUUUGCCAAACAAAAAGGGAUAUGUAUGGUUGGUCAUGGAAAACGCAGUGAUGGACGAGAAUAAAAAUAUUAUUGCCCCACAAGGUUCGCUCAGUGUACAACUAACACAAGAAUCCGACCUCAUAGCGCAUCUAUACGACUCGGUGGAUAUGGUCACUCAAACUAUAACGUCAUGGGUUUCCUAUAACAAUGAAACAGAUAAAAAAUUCCUGACAAAUGGUUGUCACAGUUUAACACCAUGGUCAACAGGAAAAACUUUGUACCAGAAAUUACUCAACACAUCCAUUCCAAACGGACGUACAGGUGUUGUAAAAUUUGACGAAAACGGUGAAAGAGCAAACAGCAAAUACAGAAUAACAAAUGUACAGAAAUCAGGUUUGGAAGAAAUAGGAAAUCACCACGAAGGAAAACUCAAUAUUUUUCGUCCAAUCGUCUGGCCUGGUGACACAACAGACAUUCCGAAAGGAAUACAAUCGUCAAAACACAUGAGGGUCGUCACAAUCAAGCAACAUCCUUUUGUGUACGUACACGAGAAUCCGACAGGAAAGUGCUCUGACCUAAAUACUGACGUCAGCACAUACGUGGAGUGUCCGGGGAAACAAAAUGGCGUUGACAAAGAGCACGCUAUAAUUGAAGAUGUCUAUUGCUGUUCAGGUUUCUGCAUCGACCUGUUGCAAUUGCUCGCCGAUAAUAUAAAUUUCACCUACGAAGUUCACUUGUCGAAAGAUGGAAAAUUUGGUUCUUACAAUGAAAAACCAGGUCACAAAGAUAAGAAAUGGAAUGGUAUGGUUGAAGAAAUACUCGAAGAUCAAGCAGAUAUGAUCGUUGCUUCCUUAACUAUUAACAACGAAAGAGCAAAAGUAAUCGAUUUCACAAAACCAUUCAAAUACGAAGGAAAAACGAUAUUAGUAAAAAAGAAUGAAAAGUCCAGUAGUUUGGGGUCGUUCCUUCGACCGUUUCGAAUUGAGUUGUGGUUAUUAGUCCUCCUUUCCGUACACGUGGUUGCCGUCUUUCUCUAUCUUCUCGAUAGAUUUAGUCCCUUUGGACGAUUUCAAAUGGCAAAAUGCGAUAGGGAAGACACACCUUUAAAUCUUACAAGUGCCAUGUGGUUCGCAUGGGGAGUAUUACUGAACAGCGGCAUUGGGGAAGGUACACCUCGGAGCUUAAGCGCAAGAGUUCUUGGCAUGGCGUGGGCAGGGUUUGCAAUGAUUAUUGUCGCCAGCUAUACUGCCAAUCUCGCUGCAUUCCUUGUCCUAGAUCGUCCAAUGUCAGUGGUCAGCGGUAUUGAUGAUCCACAACUUCGUAACCCAACAAGCCAUUUUAAGUAUGGUACAGUGGCAAACAGCAGUGUUGAAAGCUACUUUCGACGUCAAGAAGAACUUUCAACAAUGGCUAAAUUUAUGGAUUCAUAUAAUGUUGACUCGGUCGAUGAUGGUGUACAGGCAGUUCGUGAUGGAGAAUUAAAAGCGUUCAUUUGGGAUUCGCCCGUUUUGUACUAUGAAACAACAAAAGAUUGCUCGCUUACUACGGCAGGGGAGCUAUUUGGUCGUUCAGCGUACGGAGUUGGACUCCCAAAAAAUUCACCAUGGACAAAUGAAGUAUCACUUGCUAUUCUCAAUUUCCAUGAAAGCGGCAAGAUGGAAGAUUUGGAAACUUUAUGGAUUGAAACUGGAGCAUGUGCAGAAAAUACCAAUGUUUCGACAACGCUAGGUCUCGGUCACAUGAUGGGUGUAUUUUUCAUGAUGUUGGCUGGAAUUGGAGCCGUCUUUAUUAUUAUUGUCUUUGAAUUACUUUAUUACAAACACCAAUUUUGGCGUGCAGAACUUAGGAAUCGUGAGACGAAAACAACCGCUGAUAGGAAAAAUGACAUGCGCAGAAAAAAUGAUGAAGGUAAUGACAAAAAUGUUAAAGAAAAUGGUCACUACAGAAGAAAUGAAGAUAUCGCAAGAACCAAUCCCGUUUUUAUCACAGACGCACAACUUUACUAAAAAGCACUUAUAUAAUGUGUAUUUACCAUAAAGGUGCUGCGAAGUGCCACUGUGAGACAAGUUACACAAGUUGUUGCGUUGUGUAUUUUUGUGCCUUGCACAAAGAAGACAUCACACUUCUACUGUUGCUAGCCAUUGCAUUGCUUUACAGGGACAACAUUCUUUCUAGUUUUGAAAUAAUAAUAUUUUGGAAACUUUCUAUAUGGUCUCAGAGUACACCCGCCUCCUGUACCUUCUUCAGCUUUCAUCGGCUUCCACUUGCCCUGAUGUUGCAGCCAGGAAUGCAAGCACUUUUGCCUAGAGUCUAGGCCCUAGACUUUUGCCUUAAGCGCCACUCACUGGCACAUUUGCCAAUGUCGUUCUUAGAAAAACUGCAUGAUUUCCAACUUUCCAACGUGCAACAGCGCCCUUAGUGAUAUAUCAAAAGAUGACUGAACACGAUAAAUUUUGAUGGAAAAGAAGAACAAAACUUUUACGACAUUUGGCCGAGUGAAUGAUAUCAAAUACAAAAAUCGUUUGUACUAUGGCCUUUUAAUAAUGCAAUCGGUGUCACAAGUUAAUAGAGGUCAAUCUCAACAGAGAAGGAAUUUAACAUUUGCUUUCGAAAUAAAUCGCGUGAUAAACACUUGAAAA